CUCCAUGUGGCAUUGCCUGGCCUUAUGCUUCGAAGGCUACGCAAAGGAAACCUUACUGCCCACUCCCUUCUCCCAGGAUCUCCUCCAGCUUCGAGAGGAAUGGCUCUUCUGUACGACGAGUGCACUGCCAGCCUCCCAACACGUGUAGGGGUUCAGUCAGAAGAACAGGAAUCGGUUCUCAUUACCUUACUGCAGAAACUUAGGAAGGAAGGGUGCCAAGCUUACUACUUGCAAGGUGGCUUCAGCAAGUUUCAGGCAGAAUUUCCUCACCAUUGUGAAACCAACCUGGACUCUACCAGUUGUGCCAGUAGCUCACCGCUGCCCCCGACUCCGGUGCUAGGACUUGGAGGUUUGUCCAUCGCCUCUGACUGCUCUGACGCUGAGUCUGACCUUGACCGGGAGCCAUUGAGUGGAAUGGACUCUGAAGGCAUGAGCCCACGUAACCAGCCUCCAUCAUUCCCUGUUCAAAUUCUGCCACACUUAUACUUGGGCAGUGCAAGGGAUUCUGGGAAUAUGGACACUUUGGCCAAGCUAGGUAUACGUUACAUCCUAAAUGUCACCCCAAAUCUCCCCAACAUCUUUGAGAAGGAUGGAGACUUUCAUUAUAAGCAGAUCCCUAUAUCUGAUCACUGGAGUCAGAACUUGUCUCAGUUUUUCCCAGAAGCCAUUGAAUUUAUUGAUGAGGCAGCUUCUCACAAUUGUGGGGUGCUUGUUCAUUGUCUAGCUGGCAUCAGUCGAUCUGUCACUGUGACGGUGGCUUACCUCAUGCAGAAACUCAACCUGUCCCUGAAUGAUGCCUAUGAUUUUGUAAAGCGCAAGAAAACCAACAUCUCCCCCAAUUUCAACUUCAUGGGCCAGUUGUUGGAUUUUGAGAAAAGUUUGGGACUUAGCAGCCCGGAUGACAAUCGGCCACACGGCCACUCAUUUUUCACCAGUCCUUCCAGCGAUGAUGUCUUUGAACUAGACUCACUAGACUCCACGUAG